AUGCUCAACGAGGAGCCGGUUGCUUUUCAGGGCCGAUGUGGUGAUGAUCGUGAAGCAAAAGGCUACGCGAGCUACCAAAAAGCCACCCUAUCCGGCGCAAAAGUGGCCGACCUGAAGCGCCUACUCUCCAAAAAUCGAAGCGUCCUCCUCAAUCAGCGCCUAAACCACGAGGUCGAGAUCCGCUCGCUGGUGCUGCAAAUCCAAUGGAAGGUGCUGGCCAUCAACAAUCAAUUCAUGGGCGAGCACACCCUGUCGCUGAACAGCCCGCCAGUGUACAGCGUCUUUUUGAUCAACUCGUUGGCCAUGAUCACGAGCGUGUCGACGGCCGACCCGACCAAGUUUAUUCGAGAGGUUUUCCAGCUAUGCUUCUGCGACGAAACGACGGCACCGUUGUUGUACAAGGUCGGCGGCGAGGCGCUUGGGCAAAUGAUAGGCCGAAAGCCGCAGUUGCUUGAUCAACUACUAGCCACCAUGGAUCGGAUGAUUGAUCAUAUGGGCAGCUACGCAGUGGAUACGCUGGCUUCUUGCGAUUUGACGUCGUGCAGGGUAUCACAGGCUGUUCUCGGCAGCACCAUCGGCAAGUGGCUGAUCAGUCGCUCGCCCGACCACGCUGCAAACCGACUGGCUCGCCGUAUCCUCGCGUCGCUGAACUGGGGAUAUGGUCCCGACGGGUCGCUGUGGAUGGACACCGGCAUCCAUGACAUGUGUGCAGCUACCGUCGUGAAAGCUCACACGGCGCAUUGUGGCAAGAGCAAUGGCAUGAUCGCGAAGAGCAUUAAUAAGAUCUCGAAGCUCGUCAGCAAGAUCCCCGACUACGAGACCCACUUCAACCAGUUCGUCUGGGACAUUUUGAUCAAGCUAAAGCUGACCACGCAGCUCACAACCGUGCCCUGCGAGCAAGAUUUGGCCGCAUUUUUCGUGUACGUGACGAAACACGCCAUCGCCAAGCUCGACAUCCUGCUCGACAAGGGCGUGCCGAUGAUGAACGACCUGGUGAACUCGGGGUGUACGGUGGCCAGUGCCGUACUGUUGGGCCGGAUCCUGCUGCGCUUCUACCCGGAAGCGAACAAGCUGUGGUGCAAUGAGAGCUUUGUCGAAAUGGCCGAACGAGUGCUACACUCGGACCAAUGCUCGUAUGCCGUUCAACUCGUUGCCGGAACUUCAGCCACCCCAACUCCUGUAGUACGAAUACUCCGCGCCCACAUUCUGGUGGUCUCCCAAACGAUCCAAGACCUCCCGUCCUUUUUGGGCGCCUGGGUGAAGCUGCUGGCUGCCCAGAAGGUCUACUACUGGAAUAGUGAUCAGGUAUCGCUGCAAAUCCUGGGAACAAUCGCUCAAAUCGCCUUCCAACGGGACAACGAGCAGUUUUUGGGGCUCAGGAAGACGCUGUUUGAUAUUUAUGCGAAGCUCCAAAAUACGGCCAAGGAGCAGUCGAAAGGAUUUCUGGGUUUUCUAUCCGGCGAACCGCCCCCAACUCAACUCAUCCUUCCGGCUUCUUAUCCCGUAUCACCUUGGGCCACGUAUUUGUUGCUUCUCGUUGAGCAGGAUUCCUUCCCCACGUACUACACCUAUCUCUGGGAGGCCCUCGCAAAGAAAGACAAAGUUCCGGUGGAUCAGGCUUGCAAGAUCCUGCCCCUCUUCGUUCAGCAACUCGCAACGUUCCUCUUUUCGAGACGACCGUCUUUGGGGAAAACCCAUGUUUUCGCGUCGCGGCUCUCCAAUUCCACCAUCUCCGCAGCGACCUUUUCGACUUGUAGAAGAAAAUUGGACAUCUUGUCACACCCCAAAGGAUUUUAUAAGGCGGUUGCCGGCUGGAUGGGCAGCAACAAGGACCUGAACGCGCCGAACGUCAAUUUCUCGAAUUUCGACCUCGACUACCUGCUCCAGCUUAUUCUGUCCGGAGACAAGUCGGCGUGGAUGGACUUCUUGGAUUUGUCGACGAUCCACCAGGCAGCCCAGGAGGAGAUGAAGCUUUACAACGUCGUGUGUCAUGAGGAGCGCAAGGGAGCCGUGCAAAACGGAUGGACUGGGCCGUCGGAUCGGGAUCGUGUCAUCAGAGCCGUGACUUUCCCUACGAUACCCACCCAUCCGGGAUUGCCGCCGGCACCGAGGCUGGAUCUACAAAUGAUGGAUCAAAACGUCGUCAUGUCACUGUUCCAGCCGAUUCUACGGAACGUUAAUAAACUCAGCGACUCUUUCGUCACCAUCGCCGACGAGCUGGAGACGACCGACCAAAAAUAUUGCGAGCUCAUCUCGAGGCUGUAUGUUGGAGUGGCGAGGAGCAUCACCGUCAUGGUCCAAUGCGGAACCAGAUGUCAACGUCCGAACCAGGCUACAGUUCAGGUGACCGCCACCGAGUUCAGCACCCACUGCGACGCCGAAAUGACCCAAAACCGAGAGCGACGCGGGACAAGUAUUGCAUCGGCUCAGGCCUCCCUCCUCGACACGGCGGCCACGCAGACAGCCAGCAUGGAAUUUAUCGCACUCCAAGUCGCCAGCUCGGCGUCUUUUAUGGAAGGUCUGCAACGGAAUCGCAUUCAAGCUGUUGGGCGCAGUCUGUUCUAUUUGGUGACCUCGAGCAUCACGAACGAGGCGAUGCUCUUCCCGGCGGCCACCGCCAGCUUCGAGAGCGUGCUGCAGGUGUUGGGACAGCAAUUCGUCAGGAUGAGACCGGAGGAGCAGUUCCAAGUGAUGCGGCUGGUGCUGGAUGGAUUUGUGCUGUCCGGGCCGUUGGUUGAGGCCUUCACCCCAGCUUGCCUGAGCGCGCAAGAACUCUCCGAAUGCUACAGCCGGCUGAGCGAAAAGGUCGGAAACCUGGAGCAGAGCCAGAGCGCCUUCAAGCUUUUGCAACGUCUUGAAAUCGACCAAACGGCAGCUACACUCCCGGCUCAGCACUUUGCUUCGCUUAUUCCGUUGGCUUUUAAUAACGUAGCCUCUCAACCCGACCCAAACUCCGAUCUACACAAACUGUGCCUCCAACACCUCGUCACUUUCAUAUUUCACAAAUUUCCGCUCAAUUUUGUCUACGGGCUUGAUACGUCACUUGGAGGAUGCAGCACCGGCUCGGCCCCAACUCACCUCUUCGAGGUGAUCGCCGACCGGCUUGAUGCUGAGCAUUGGGAACAACCGAAAGGGGAAUUUGUCGUUAAUGGUAGCAUGUCGCUGGAAUGCUGCGUGGUGCUGACACGACGUUUGGCGGAGGCUCGGGUGCUACUCGGGGCAAAUUUCUUCUCGGUUUGGUCAAGAUACAUCAAUCCGGUCACCCGCUUGGCGCAGCUGUUCCUCAACACCGCCGUCCGCGAGACGUUCGAUGGUUCGAUCCCGGAAAGUAUACUUAUCAAAUCGCUCGUCGAUGCGUUCUCGCGAAUCGUCGCGUUGUUCUCACCACUUCUGGCCCCUCCCUCCCCUUCAGUACCUCCAUUCUCGCAGUCGCACCUCGCCGAAGCCAACAUGUGCGUCGAGCGGAUGGUGCAGCACAUCAACGCGCUUCCGUAUAAUGCUUGCUUGGCACCAGGUCAACAAAACACGCAAGCACUCACAUGGCAAUUUUUCUGCGAAAAGCUCAGCAAGAUCACGCACGGCACCGGGCCGUACUUUAGCGUAUUGGAAACAAAUUUGAUGCGAAUUCACUGGCCCUCAUUCUGGCCGACGUUGAGGGCCCUCACGGCGAUGAAUGAGGUGCUCUCCUCCCGCUCCCCAGACUGCUUCCACCUGGUCACCCAAGUGUUUGUCCGGGUCCCCUGGAUGGAUGUGCUUUCUCAAAAUGUGCCACCCGAAAUACAACCCCAGUACCUGGCCACGUUGCUCUACGUCAUCACGCGAAUCGUAGCCAAACCGGCGAAUUAUACAAAGGUGCGUGCAUCGCUCUGCGAAAUUUUGAAGCAAUUGACGCCUCGUCCAGAGUGGAAGACGAUCUCACCAGAGGACUGUGAAGCGAUAUCUCGCCUGGUCAGUGAAAGUCUCCCUGCUGAUUGCCUCUCGAAUUCUACCGAUGUCCUCUCUGUCUAUCUACCACUCUGGCGCAAGAUCUGCCUCUUUUCGGUCCAGGAGAAGAAUAUCAGCAAUGAAGUGCUUGGGAAACAGCGGGCGUUCGUGCGGUCGGAGCUUCGAUUGAUGCUACGGGGAAAUGAGCAGGCAGUCCUCGUGCAUUAUAACAAUUUGAUUGCCGACUGUGACGCGAUUGCAAAGGCGCAUCGACCUAGCGACCGGAAGCCAUUUUCGACGGUCAGCCGAGAGUUGAGCGCGAUUUGGACGGAAAUUCCGGACGUCAAAACGGGAGAAACCCUCGUCAACGGACUGACCGCCUACCUGGCCGCAAACCCAACCUCCCCGCUGACGCUCCAGGUUCCGUCCACCAUCAUCGACUCAUUGUCCAUCGACCAACUGACGACAGCGUUGAAAGUGAUGGAGAAGGCCAUUCAGGCGUAUUUUAAAAGAACCGACGCGUGCUGGGCCGACCUGCUGGAGUGGUGCAUGUUCCCUGCCAAGCAGAUCCCUUCCAUAUUCCAUUAUUUAUUGACAGUUCCCAACAGCGACAACAAAGUCCAACCACUGUUGCUCACGCUCCGAGCCCUGCUUGACCACGGCGUGCACGCGGACGACCGAUUUCACGCUGUGCUCGUCUACUUAGACAGGCUAAAGCCAAAGUAUGUUGACGACGAGGCGACAGUACUUGUCCUGCUACACCGGGUACUCCAAUGGUUGUGUCCGUUGGUGGCGCGUGGAGCUUCUACAAUAACUGAACCUGUCCAGCUACUACAACGCUGGCUAUCCAAGGCCAAAAUCGAGGAGAAGCAGGGUCUCUUCUCCGGAAUUAUCACCGCCAAACGAAAUCAAUAUAGUCACAAAUUCUGCACUCUAGUCGCCGUCUUCGAGCUUUUUGUGCAGCACCAAGCUGCCAACGCCAAUCAUCCGCUACGGGUCGCCCCAAAUGAGCCGAUUAUGAAUAGUCGCAUUGGGGCCUUGCGAGAGUUGGCAGGGCAAAAGCAAAACCAACCCCUCACCUCCAUGUUCAACCUAUGUACAGUGUACUUCUCAUCCAGUGAUUAUACCUUCAAAGACGGGUCCCAGCUUCUCGACAAACUAAUGCGCGAGUGCUAUCGGGAAAAAUACAUACAGGAA